AUGCCUCGGAUGGGGACUGAUUCUGAGGCGGAACCUUGGAGCAAGGGACUCUGUUUCCCGGGGAAACUUAAGCGGACGGACCCUUUUGGUGCAACAGAGAAAAGGGUCCCCCAUAGAUUUCCAUGGAGAGGUAUUGGAGGCUAUCAUGUCUUUUCCUGCAGUGCCAAAGGAUCCACACUGCAGUGCCACAUCUGAAAAGCAAAACAGGAACAGAGCAUCGAUGGCUGGAGCGGCAUUUCAAGGACCUCUAUGUGAAGAAAGCCAAGCAGCAGAGCUAUCGUUGCCGGAGUGCCUUCAAACUGCUGGAAAUAGAUGACAAAUACAGGAUCCUUCAUCCUGGGCUGCAUGUGCUAGACUGUGGCACAGCCCCAGGUGCUUGGGCUCAGGUUGCUGUCCAGAGAGUCAAUGCUGCUGGCUUUGAUCCAGAUGCACCUGUCGGUUUUGUUCUUGGGGUUGACCUGCUUCACAUUUCCCCUUUGGAAGGAGCUGUCUUUUUACCUCAUGCGGAUCUCACAGACCCAAGCACCCAAACGAAAAUCCAGGAGGUGCUCCCCAAAGGGAAAGCGGACGUCAUCCUGAGCGACAUGGCGCCCAACGCAACUGGGAUCCGAGAACUCGAUCACGAGAAGUUAAUCCGGCUCUGCUUGUCCCUGAUGGAUCUCGCCCCGUGCGUUUUGCGGCCCGGAGGGACCAUGCUUUGUAAGCUCUGGGAGUGUAAGGAGAGCCGUUUCCUCCAGAAGAGACUCAUGCAAGACUUCAGAGAAGUGAGAAACGUCAAGCCUCAAGCCAGCAGGAAAGAAUCGGCUGAGAUGUAUUACUUGGCAAAGCUAUACAAAUCAAGAACGUAAUGCACGGUGCGAGAAGGGCUGAUGUCCUCAGGAAUGUUUUCUGUGUACACACUGAAUAGUUGCUGUCAAGAAUGUCAAUCACUUAAGAUUGGGCCAAAAGAUGGACAUUUUUUGUGGACUGUUUUACAAAGCUUGCCUUCCAAAAUACCUUUCAUUUGUCAACUGUUUAUGAAGGUAUUAGGUCUUCCGCAUUUUCAGCUGAGCUAAAAGAUUCUUGAUCAGUCACUGGUGUCCACUUUGAGAGAUUCUCUAUAUGUUGGCUUUCACAUCCGUUUUCAAUAAAGGUCUAAAAUGCACCGUAGAAACACGCUCGUCCCUCUGCUUUUGUGGCUUUGACUUUUGCGGUUUUGAUUAUUCAUGGAUUUUAUU